CGGAGGCGCGGAGGACCGGCUUCCGGGAGGCGCUUCCGGGAGCGCGGCGGCGCCGGCUCUGCGUGGCUCCUGAGGAGAUGGGGAAGGUGCGGGGGCUGCGCGCCCGCGUGCACCAGGCCGCCGUGCGGCUCCGCGGGCAGCCCGCGCCCGGCCCCGCGCCGCCCGCCCCGGAGCCGGCCCUCCUGCAGGCCUCGGCGGGCGCAGCCGGAGCACAGGACUGGGCAUACGUCCACACCGACCUCUUUGCCAAGACCCAGAUAGACCCCAGGGCCUUGGUGCAGAAGCUGGACCUGGACCAGAAGAGUGUGGUCUCCCUGAAGAGAGGUUCGGAGGCAAAGGCCGUUCUGCCUAAGAAGGAGAAACUGAGGCUGCGGCGUGAACAAUGGCUACAGAAAAUCGAAGCCAUAAAGCUGGCUGAGAAGAAGAUGAGAGAGGAGCGGAAACGCAGGGCCACGGUGAUAGUGGGGGACCUGCACCCCCUGAGGGACGCCCUGCCUGAGCUGCAGGAACUGGAGGCUGGCGGCCAGCGACAAGCCAGAAGCAGGGUGCCCAGCAAGCCGAGGCCAGCCGAGCUCAGCCGCAUGAGUGCCGCACAGAGACAGAAACUGCUCGAAGAAGAAAGGAUCCGGUUUCGGGAGCUGCUGGCCAGUCCGGCCUAUAGAGCCAGCCCCCUGCUGGCCAUUGGGCAGCAGCUAGCUCGGCAGAUGCAUCUGGAAGGUGGUAGCCAGCUCUGACCAGGUGGUGUGUGUGCCACGAGCUCCGGAGAGAGGCCAGCUCCUCUUGACUGUUCUCUGAGCCUGGUGGACACCCCUUGCCCAGCACGGGGCCUCUCGGUAAUAAAGUGCCUUACGGACGUUUUCCCCUA